ACCAAGAAUAACUGAAUCAGUUAUUUCUAGUGAAUCAGUACCCUUGAAACCAUUGCAGUCCAACUGAUUCCAAAACAAAUGACUCUUUUGAGUCAGUUCUUUUUUAGUCAAUCAAACAUUUGCAGCUUACAGUCUUACGUUACGCUGUUCUAAAGUUCAAAGGUACUUUGUUAAUUGAAUCAUAAAAGAAUCAGAAGCAUUACGAGGAAUGUACAGAGCUUACAAUUUCCAUUCUUAAUAACAUAUACCUCCACAUUCAGAUGGUUUCUAUAGAAACUCUAUUUACCACAGUAAACACCAAAGCAUAUAGUAAUUACCUCUUUGACUUUCAUUUGCUGCAAAAUUGUGCUAACAAAAAGUAGUGUCUGCACAUGUUUUAUCAAACUCUCUGCUUUGAAUGAGACAAAACUUAAUUGUUACAUCUGAAAGAGACGCAAAAUCGCUGUCUGAGCACUGGAGAUCAACAUGCCAACUAUGUUGCACACGGGCCAAUAUUCGUCUUAAACUAGCAAUUAGUAGAGAGAUGCACAUUCCAUAGGUGUGGAGUAACCGCUUGAUUAAUGCUGGGAGGAAUCAAGACAGAUAGUAAAUGCUGCAGACAGAUGGGGUCUAGUCUGCACUUGUUUCGCUCGUGUUUGAAACAAUGUUUGUUAUUUUAAGAAUACCAAAACCAUAGUGAUGGAGAUUUCUCAUAGCUGAGAUGAGAAACUGGGGAGAUGUUUUGGGGACUAAACUCAUUAGACAAUGCAUAUUUUUGUUCUGUUUCAGUGAAGGUAAUUGUCGUUACACUGGAAAACAUUUGCAAAUAGACCGAAAACAUUUAUCAACCAAGGUUGUUACUAAAAAAAGAUGUCCUGAAAUUACCGUUUUUAUUAAGGGGCAAUUUUAACCCUGUGAGGGUGUCUUUUUAGUAAUUUUAAUUAACUAAAAUUAUUUCUCUCUCUCAUUUUAUCUGUAUAUACACUAGCAGUCAAAAGUUUUUGAACAGUAAAAUUUUUAAUGUUUUUAAAGAAGUCUCUUCUGCUCACCAAGCCUGCAUUUAUUUGAUCCAAAGUACAGCAAAAACAGUAAAAUUUUGAAAUAUGUUUACUGUUUAAAAUAACUGAAAUAUAUUUUUAAAUAUAUUUUAAAAUGAAAUUUAUUCCUGAUUUCAAAGCUGAAUGUUUAGCAUUACUCCAAUCACAUGAUCCUUCAGAAAUCAUUCUAAAAUUCUGUUUUGCUGCUCAAAAAAUUGUAUUAUUAUGAUGUUGAAAACAGCUGAGUAGAUAUUUUUUUCAGGUUUCUCUGAUGAUUAGAAAGUUCAGAAGAACAGCAUUUAACUGAAAGAGAAAUCUUUUGUAACAUUGUAAAUGUCUUUAUCAUCAUCCUUGCGUAAAGAAAAAAAAUCAUUUCUGUAAUUUCUUUCCCAAAAAAUAAAUAAAUAAAUAAAUAAAUAAAAAAUACUGACUCUAAGCUUUUGAAUGGUAUAGUGUAUAAUGUUAAAAAAGUUUUUUUUAUUUCAGAUAAAUGCUUAUUCAUCAAAGAAACCUGGAAAAAAUCUACUCAGAUGUUUUCAACAUAAAAAUUAACAUUUCUUGAACAGCAAAUCAGCAUAUUAGAAUGAUUUCUGAAGGAUCAUGUGAUGCUGAAGACUGGAGUAAUGAUGCUGAAAAUGUUUCUUUGAUCACAGGAAUAAAUUAUAUUUAAAAAUAUAUUAAAAUUAUAUAUUUUAAACAGUAAAAAUAUUUCACAAUUUUACUGCUUUUGCUGUAUUUUGGAUUAAAUAAAUGCAGGCUUGUUUAGCAGAAGAGAAUUAUUUUAAAAAAAACAUAUUUUAAAAACUUUUGACUGGUAGUGUAUAUAUACACACACUUUACCAAAUAAAACUUGUGAAAUUUAAUUAAAAAUAUUAAAAUAUUAUUGCAAUUAAAAAAAACUUGUUUUUAUUUUAAUAUAUUUUAACAUGUAAUUUUUAUUUAGAUGGCAAAGCUGAAUUUUCUGCAGCCAUUACUACAGUCUUUGGUGUCACAUAAUCCUUCAGAAAUCAUUGUAAUAUGCUGAUUUGAUUGACAACAUUUCUUAUUAUCACUGUCGGAAAACCAAUGUGCUGUGUUGAUAUCUUUUGUGCCAGUUUUGAUAAAUUUAAUGCAUCUUCGCUGAAUAAAAGUAUACAUUUCUUGCAAAAAAGGACUGAUCCCAAAAUUUUGAAUACUUUUGUGUAUGUAUUUUCUGAAAUAUGUCAAAUAUUAGGCAACAGGCUAAAACUGUGGAGGCAUUUUAAUAUCCGUGGUAUUUCACCCCAAGCCCAGGUUAAUAUCUGACCCUGGUGUGCAGAAAUCUUUGUUGAGAACUACACCAUCCAGCCUUCACUAUUGUCUUUAAGAUGGUGCAGUGAAGUGGUCAAAGAUCUGGUCCAGAAACUGAAAAAUCUGAACGACUCGUGAACUAUGACUUCUGCAAGGAAAAUCAAGGAAGGACACAGAUUUCAGCAGAAGAGCACAAAUACACAUGCACACGCAACAGGAUGGGCCUCUCUCCAUCAGUUUACCCCCACCCUAUGUGUCAGAGGGUCUAGCCGGUCUGGAGAACAGAUGUCAAGUCUCCUUCCAUCUCCUUUGCUACCAACACAGCAAUGUGCUGCUCCAAGAAAACAUCUGUCUAAGCAUUGACCAUCAGCAAAAGGGGCCCCACGAAUUGGCUCAUCCGCCCUUUGAAACUCGCAAAAGUCUGUGCCAUUCUAACUGCAAAGAUCAGCACAGAUAAAGACAUUUGGUGCGUGUUGUGCUGAUAAGUGCACUGGUGUGAUGGGACGUGAAGGGUUAAAUCGGUGGGGAGGGGAGGUGACAGCAAACCCAAAGAAGAGGGGGAUAUAAAAACACCAAAGGCUUCGUGGGCACGAGUCUGGCUGUGUUUGUGCUGGACUAAAGACACACAACGACAGAAAGGAACACACACGCACGCACACACUCACACUAGUCUUGAGCUGUGGUGUCGUGUGUUAUUUGACAGCGCGCUUUUACGCAGAAGGUGUGUGUGGAUACUCUUGCGCAAGAGCGGCUCAUACACCCUCCUGAGGACAGAGCUCAGAUGAGUUAGUCAGAGGAGGAACUUUGGAUCUUGAUCACACUGAAAAUGGGCUUAUAGUGAACUACACUUCAUCCCUGAAGACGCAGUGGCUUUUGGAGAGGAUGACAGCACUUUGCGCAAGGCACCGGAGCGCAACAAUGUACCCAAAGUUUUAUAUUAGACGUGAAGGACAGACCACGAGGGUUUGAAGUGGUUUGAACUGGAGACUUUGUUGUUGUAGUUUAUUUUUAUUUUCAAACGUAAGAAUGCUUCACGGUCUUGGAAUUGCGUACUUGUGCCAAUGUACCUGAUUUACCUGCGCACGAGUAAAACUCCAGUUUUUCCUCAAUGAAGAAGUAAAACUUCUUAUCUCAGUAUAUAAUCUACUUGCUUUUGCAUUUUAUACUGAUGUUAUAAGAAACGUAAAUACCUCAAUGGAAUGGUACACAGCUUUGGAGUUUGUGGGACUUACUUUCCUGUUUUUUAAAGGUAGUUCAACUUCUUUUUGGACAUCUGGAUUACACCAUUUUUAAGGUCAGGAGCUAUAGAUCCAUCAUUGUUCUGAUCAGUUUUCAAACGUGGAGCGAUUGGGCAUCUUUGAGAUCAUUUCCAGCCAGUUACUCUUUUUCCUGUGAGUAUUGCUCUUCUGGACCCCGAGGUGGCUCCGCAGUGGUGUUGCGGCUCCUCGUCCGCGGCGGAUCCGGAGAUCGGAGUGUCUGCAGCGGCAGGAGGCGGCAGCGGAAGCCCGGCAGCAGCGGCGGCGGCGGCGCAGGGUCCUAAAAGUGCUCGAGUGAAGAGGAUGGUGCGGCUGGCGGCGGAGCUGCUGUUGCUGUUGGGUCUCCUUCUUCUGACGUUACACAUCACGGUGUUGCGGAGCAGCCCGCUGCAGCACGGAAAUGACACUGUGAGCUCGGAGCAGGACUCGCGGGUGGCGGAGAAUAAUGUCAAUGCAGAAAGCAGUUCCUCGGUUCAGUUGGGUCCGGGUGACAGAAAGUCCCGAGUGCCUCAUAUUCCAGCAUCUCAGCCCUGGGUUCAGAGUCACGGGACGGGGGGCAGCCUGCAGAGAGACGGACCAGGAGCUUUCCUGCUGGACCUGCAGAACUUCCCUGAUCUUUCCAAAGCUGAUAUAAAUGGGCAGAACCCCAACAUUCAGGUUACCAUAGAAGUGGUGGACAGCCUGGAAGGUUCUGAGCCAGAGAAGGGAAUACGCAAAGAAAACAAGCCUGGCUGGGCAGCUCCUAACUGGAGGAACUGGUGGCAGCGUUCUUCUUCCUCAUCAUCCUCCUCCGUGUCCACCCCAAAGGGGCCCGACGAACAGGAUUACCCCUACGAGAGCAACACGGAGGACAGCAACUUCCUCAAACCGCUCGGAGACUGGGAACGAAGAGGGACUGCUGGCGCAGGCAGCAGAUCCCAGACUGAAUACGACUACAUAGAUGGGGACGGUGACUGGAGUGGUUGGUCACCAUGUAGCGUAUCCUGUGGAAACGGCAACCAGAAGCGGACCAGGUCAUGCGGCUACGCCUGCACAGCCACAGAGUCACGGACAUGUGACAUGCCCAGCUGCCCAGGGAUUGAAGAUGCUUUCAAGACGGCAGCGACAGAAGUCAGUCUUCUCGCUGGCACUGAAGAGUUUAAUGCAACAGAGCUCUUCGGAGUUGAUACAGACAGCUGUGAGCGUUGGAUGAACUGCAAGAGCGAGUUCCUCAAGAAAUACAUGAGCAAAGUGGCCAACGACCUACCCAGCUGUCCCUGCUUUUACCCAACCGAGGUGGCCUACAGCACCGCAGACGUCCACGACGCCACCACGAGGCGCAACUUCCGCUGGAAAGACGCCAGCGGACCAAAGGAGAAGCUAGAGAUCUACAAACCCACUGCUCGCUAUUGCAUCCGCUCCAUGCUCACGCUGGAAUCCACCACCCUGGCGGCCCAGCACUGCUGCUACGAUGACAGCAUGAAGCUCAUCACCCGAGGCAAAGGAGCCGGGACGCCCAACCUCAUCAGCACAGAGUUCUCCGCUGACCUGCACUACAAAGUGGACAUCCUACCAUGGAUCAUCUGCAAGGGCGACUGGAGCCGCUACAACCAGGCUCGACCUCCAAAUAAUGGACAGAAAUGUGCAGAGAACCCUCAGGAUGAGGACUACUACAAACAGUUCGAGGAGGCCAGAGAGUUUUGAGCUGAGAAGCUUCUAAAACGGAAGCAGGACUCGUUUCGAAAACUGGCUGUGAGUUUGAACAGGACUUGCUAUGAAAAACAGACGGCACAGCCAACAAGAAGCACAGAUCUUCAUAUGGUUUCCCUCAGAACCUCUCGUUCUUUUCAUGGAAAGAAUAACAAGUAACUCAUCAUGGUUCUCUUUGUAUUGUUUAUCUAUAUUUCUUGGGCUAUCAGAUUUUUUUAUAAGGAGUAAAAGGGAAAACUAAAGGGAAGUCAUAUCAGGAAUCACCCUACCAAUAAUGGGCUGACAGCAAGAGUUUUGCAUGCUUGUUUUAUGCCCAACAUGCAUCUCCUCAGGAUUCUUGGACAGAUUCAAGAAUAUCGGAUACAAUAUUCAGGUUCCUGUGUAAACAUGCAUAUAUUUGUCUAGUUGGAUGAACAGAAUUCCUAUAUUAUGUCCUGUUGUAUCACUUUUCCUUUUUUGUUAAAGACAAAACAGUCCCGCAUAAUCUUUGCAAAGUAUUUAUUGAGUCAUAGUUAUGUGUCGAUGGUAGGGGUUUGUGCAUAUAGAUGUAUGGACACAUUUUGAGUGCUAAAUAAAUAGUCCAUG